AUGGCUGCAUUACUUUCUCUCACUGCAUUGGCGUUGCUUGGAGGCAGUGUCUCUGCCCAAACUUUCCAAGGCACAGCCCAGGGUGGUUUCCCUGACUGUGUCAACGGCCCUCUAUCCAACAACACAGUCUGUGACAAGUCUGCAGACCCCAUUGCAAGAGCCAGGGCUCUGGUCUCAGCCUUCACAGUCGCCGAGAAGCUCAACCUCACAGGGAACAACAGCCCUGGAGUACCCAGACUUGGUCUGCCUAUCUACCAAUGGUGGAACGAGGCCUUGCACGGUGUUGCCGAAUCUCCUGGUGUGACCUUCAACGCAACUGGAGAGUUCCGCUAUGCAACCUCCUUCCCUCAACCUAUCACCAUGGGCGCGGCUUUCGACGACGAGCUCAUCACUGCUGUUGCUGAGAUCGUAAGUACUGAGGCAAGAGCCUUCAACAACCACGGUCGUGCUGGUCUCGAUUUCUGGACUCCCAACAUCAACCCUUACAGAGAUCCUAGAUGGGGUAGAGGCCAGGAGACGCCGGGCGAGGACAGUUUCCACUUAUCCUCAUAUGUUCACGCCCUCAUCUUGGGUCUUCAAGGUGGUGAGGAUCCCGAAAUCAGAAAAGUCACCGCGACCUGCAAGCAUUUCGCUGGUUACGACAUCGAGUCAUGGAAUGGCAACCUCCGCUACCAGAACGAUGUUCAGAUCAGCCAGCGUGAUCUUGUCGAGUACUACCUGCCUUCUUUCCGUUCCUGCGCAAGAGACUCCAAUGUCGGAGCUUUCAUGUGCACAUACAGCGCUUUGAACGGCGUUCCAACCUGCGCCGAUCCUUGGCUUUUGAAUGAUGUUCUUCGCGAGCACUGGGGCUGGACUAACGAGGAGCAGUGGGUCACCAGUGACUGUGAUUCUAUCCAGAACAUUUACCUGCCUCACAACUUCAGCGACACCCGCCAGGGCGCUGCAGCGGCUGCACUCAAUGCGGGUACUGACCUCGACUGCGGUACUUACUACCAGCAUCACCUUCCCCAGGCUUACAGCGAGGGUCUCAUCAACCAGACUACUGUAGACCAGUCCCUGCUCCGUCUGUACACUUCGCUCGUCCGCACUGGCUACUUUGAUGGUCCCGACGCCAUGUACAGAAACCUGACUUUCUCCGAUGUCAGCACUCCUCACGCUCAACAAGUCGCUCUUACUGCUGCUGAAGAGGGUAUCGUUCUGCUCAAGAAUGACGGUCUUCUUCCUCUCACUGUCACCAACAGCACUAAGAUCGCUGUUAUUGGAGACUGGGCCAAUGCCACUCAACAAAUGAUCGGUAACUACUUCGGUGUUCCUCCUUACCUUCACAGCCCCCUGUACGCUGCUCAGCAGUCUGGUGCUCAAAUCUUCAAUGCUGGAGGACCUGGUGGCCAAGGCGAUCCUACUACCGACCACUGGCUCCCCAUGUGGACUGCUGCUGAGAAGGCUGAUAUCAUCAUCUAUGCUGGCGGUUUGGAUAUCAGUGUCGAAGCUGAAGGUAUGGAUCGCGAGACCAUCCACUGGACAGGAGCUCAACUCGAUGCUAUCGGUGAGCUCGCAAGCUACGGCAAGCCCACCAUCGUUGCUCAGAUGGGUGACCAGCUCGACAACACUCCUCUUCUCCAAAAUUCCAACAUCUCUGCUCUGCUGUGGGGUGGCUACCCUGGUCAAGAUGGUGGUGUUGCUCUGUUCAACAUUAUCACCGGAAAGACUGCUCCUGCUGGACGUCUUCCCGUUACUCAAUACCCUGCCCACUACGUCGCCGACAUCCCCAUGACCGAUAUGACUCUUCGCCCUAACGAGACCACUGGCUCUCCCGGCAGAACCUACAAAUGGUACAAUGGCACUGCAGUCUUCGAGUUCGGCUACGGAAUGCACUACACCAACUUCACCGCCGACGUCAGCCCCAUGGCCGCCUCAUCUUACGACAUCGCAGCCUUGACUUCCAACUGCAAUGAAACUUACAAAGACAAGUGCGCUUUCGAAAGCGUUUCUGUUAAUGUGCACAACACCGGCAGUGUCAGCUCUGAUUACGUUACCCUCGGUUUCCUCGCCGGCCAAUUCGGACCUUCGCCUUAUCCCAAGAAGUCGCUUGUUAGCUACCAGCGUCUCCACAGCAUUGCUGGUGGUGCUUCUGCAACCGCUACUCUGAACUUGACUUUGGGCUCGCUUGCCCGUAUUGACGAUGUCGGAAACACUGUUCUUUACCCUGGAGAUUAUGCUUUGAUGAUCGAUACUAUGCCUGAGAAGACCAUGGUCAACUUCACCUUGACUGGAUCGCCUGUUACUCUUGAUCUGUGGCCUCAGCCUCCAAGUGGUGGACCUACUAUUCCUCCUUCUGAUUACUUCUAUGGUGGUUAUGGAAGCAGGGGCGAGUUCCCUAUUGCCGCUACUACUGAGGUUCUUGAGCCUGAGGAGUAG